UUACUUUUUGGCAGUUUUUGGCCGAUUUGAAAGUUUUGAAAAAUUUCGUCGAAUUGUAAAAUUUAAAUUUUCCGAAAGUUUAUUUUUAUUUUAUCAUCUGAGUGAUAAAAAAUACGAUCUCGUUUAAUUAACCGGAAUUGUGAAAUAAUUAUAUCGUACAAUCGAACGGACGCCGGGUUCUCGUAUCAAUCAACGCGCGAUAUUUGAAAUUUUUAAAUUCGUACGCAGCACGAGAUAGUUUUUAUCUGUGAGCGAUAUCACUUCAAAAUUUCAAUAUCGAGUUUCAAAAUGGAGGAUGUAAUAUAAAGAUUGCGCUUGCGGAGUACUCGGAAAACUGUGCGUUUAGAAGUCAAGUCGGAGCAGAUGGAAGUUGUGUAACGCGGUUUUUACUACGGUGAUAUUCGAUAUAUAAAAUAGUACUCGCUCAGGUGUGAUUUGUUAUAUGAAUUUUAUAUGAUGGUCGUGGCUUGAAUUAUUAAAUGGAUCCGCAGAUUGGUUGGUUUCAACCCGAACAAGAAGGACCAGCUAAAGAGUUUUGGAUGCGUAUUUGGGAUUCUCAUAUCUUCAAUCGUGACCAACUAAAAGCCAAUAUACAUGAUUAUGGACAUAACUUUUUUUAUAAAAAUACCGAUAACAUAGAGAAUAUUCCGGAAAAUUAUAAACGAAUGCCGCUCAACAUUAACAACGCCAACAACGCCAAUAAUCGCGCUAGCACUUACGCUAUGAAUCGAUGUCAAGAUGACUUGAUCGGUAAAUAUGGUGGUUGUCCGUGGAGAACCGGAAGAUUGUACGAUAAAAGACCUAUCAUUGGAUUACACGAAGAAAUCAACGAAUUCUACGAAUACAUGUCAGCUACAAGAGAAGAGCACGAGUUACGUGUCAGAGUCGUUAAAAACGUUAAAUCAAUCAUCCUUAAACUGUGGCCAAACGCUCAAGUCGAAGUUUUUGGAAGUUUCAAAACCUCUUUGUAUUUACCGACGAGUGAUAUCGAUAUUGUUGUUAUUGGUAAAUGGGAUAAGUUACCCUUGAAAACUCUUCAAGAUGCGCUACUUAAUAAUCAUAUAUGUGAUCACGAUAAUGUAAAAGUGUUAGACAAAGCAUCCGUACCUAUUGUGAAGUUCAGCGAUCGCGCAUCCGAUGUCAGAGUAGAUAUCAGUUUUAAUAUGAAUAACGGAGUGAAAUCAGUCGAACUAAUCAAAGAAUUUUGCAACCGGUAUCCGGUACUUAAAAAAUUAGUAUUGGUGUUAAAACAGUUCCUGUUACAACGUGAUCUUAACGAAGUCUUCCACGGUGGCAUUUCUUCCUAUAGUUUAAUAUUAAUGUGCAUAAGUUUUUUACAGUUACACCAUUUCGAAGAUAGCUACAAACCGGAUUACAAUCUAGGAAUACUAUUAAUGGAGUUUCUAGACUUAUACGGUCGUAAAUUUAAUUACUUAAAUACUGCCAUUAGCGUUAAAGACGGCGGAACGUAUAUAGCAAAAGACCAACUUCAAAGAGAUAUGAUCGACGGCCAUCGUCCGAGUAUAUUAAGUAUCGAAGAUCCUCUAACACCGGGCAAUGACAUUGGUCGAGGUUCUUACGGAGCUUUACAAGUGAAACAUGCUUUCGCGUACGCCUACGUCGUAUUAAAUCAAGCCAUUUCUCAAGAAGUCGACUGUAAUAAAAACAGCAUUUUAGGUAGAAUUAUUCGUGUAACGGACAAAGUGAUCGAUUAUAGAAAUUGGAUUCAGAAAAAGUUUCCGAUCACUGCCACUUCUUCUAAUUCCACCGAUGGAUCGGUUGCGUCGCUUCCAUCUACAGAUUCUGAUUCCGAAAGCAGCCAUGGCCGACUUAGUGAUCCGAUCGCUACGGUGAUACAUCAAAAAAAUCAUUUUCAAAGAAGAGGUCCAAAUAAUCUAAGAUAUUCGCCUCCUUUUCCCGGUUUUAUUCGGUCGAACACAUUGGGCCAUACUCCGCUGCAUCACCACGGUCUGCAAAAACACGCUAAUCAUAUAGGAGCGAUGUCGUUACCAAUAUUAAACCAUAAUUUCGGAAACGGCGGCGGCCCGCUGACUGGACCGAACGGCAGCUUCCAAAGGCAUAUCAGCAAUAGCGAUAUAUUUUUCCACAGAUACCACCAUAAUAGAUUGCCGCAUACGUUACCGCAUCAUCAUCAUAGAAAAACGCGAAACCAAUACGCCAGGCAGAAGAGUAAUAACAAUACCGAGAUCAAUUUGAGAUAACAGCGGCGAUAUCACUGCUGCUGCUGCUUCGGCGGUCGCGUCGUCGUCGGUGACGGUGUUAAUUUACGUGUCGCGUCGCCCGGCCCCGCCCCGCCCCCCUAAACAUAGUCGCGUAAAAAAAACCAAACACGAAAAUGAAAAAAAAGUACGCCUAAAUAAUUGACUGAUGUUUUCUACUGUAACGAUUUAAUUCUUUU